GUUAUGCUUAGGCGGAACGCUUCUAAGAGGAGCGCGGGAGCUGAGAAGUGGAGGGUCGGUUAAGUCCCCGAGAGGCCUAGAAGAUAUUGUUACGCUCUCGGGUUCUCGUUGGGAGAGCGGGAGCUGCUUCCCCACGAGCUUCCUGUCCUAACCGUCUGCUACCUCGCAGUGCCUCCCUGCCUCCCACGUGCCCAGGCUCCUAAUUUCAGAGAAGAUGACAGAGGAACUGGAUCUCAUGGGACACGACUCCGAUGGGGGUAGUGAGGAAGUGGUCCUAACUCCUGCAGAGCUCAUUGAAAGGCUGGAGCAGGCCUGGAUGAAUGAAAAGUUUGCCCCUGACCUGCUGGAAAGCAAGCCUGAAAUUGUAGAGUGUGUGAUGGAACAGCUAGAUCACAUGGAAGAAAAUCUCAGGAGAGCAAAGAAGGGGGACCUGAAGGUCAGUAUCCAUCGAAUGGAGAUGGAGAGGAUCCGCUAUGUCCUGAGCAGCUACUUGCGGUGUCGGCUCAUGAAGAUAGAGAAGUUUUUCCCUCAUAUCCUUGAAAAGGAGAAAACACGCCAUGAGGGGGAGCCUUCUAGCCUUUCUCCAGAAGAGUUUGCCUUUGCCAAAGAGUACAUGGCUAACACAGAGACCUACCUAAAGAAUGUUGCCUUAAGGCAUAUGCCUCCUAAUUUACAGAAGGUGGACCUCUUGAGAUCAGUUCCCAAACCGGAUCUAGAUUCAUAUGUGUUUCUAAGAGUGAAAGAACGACAAGAAAACAUAAUGGUAGAACCAGAAACAGACGAACAGAGGGACUAUGUGAUUGACUUAGAGGAAGGCUCACAGCACUUGAUCCGAUAUAAAACCAUUGCACCCCUGGUCGCUUCUGGAGCAGUACAGCUAAUUUAAAACCAAAAAUAAAUAAGCAAGAACGAAGACAUGGAACGUUAGAGAAAAUAUUUAUACACUCCUCAUAUCACUUUGUGCCUAAAGACAGACUUUUCUCAACAGUGCUGUGGAUCACUUGGGCACUAAGAGAGGUGCUCAUGGCAGGAUCCCUAACUUGCUGCAUAUCUGAACUUUUUUGCCAUUUUAGCCAGAAUCAGCAGAUGGGGCCAUUGCUCUGUUGAUUCUGCACACUGGGCAAGUUCAUGGAGACUCGCACUUUGUGCACCUUUUCCCUUCGUGGUAUGUUUUUGACUAAGGAAAAUGAGGCAAAGGUUGUUCCUAAAAAGGCAUCACUAUUAGGGGACCAUAGUUAGCCCUGACCUGAUACUGGUAGGAGAAUCCAUUUAACCUUCCUAGUAGGAAGAGUGUAAAUAGAUUAAAGAAAACAACUGUGGUCGUCUUCUGAUAUGUCACUAAAAUUGUGUAAACUGACUUUUUGGAACCUCUAACGUGGAAUUUAAGACCAGUUUCUGUCAUUCUUAACUAAGAGUCACAACCAAACCAAUAUCCAUUAUUAAGUUUUGGUUUUGUGGAAAAAGAAACGUCGGACAGUUCUCAGUUUGUAGUCUAAUGCAGUAUGUUCUCCCUGCUGGUGACCUGCAGCCUCCCUGUGUCUCAGGCAGCUUCGCCAAGCCAGCCUGCAGACCAUCUGGCCAUCCUUGGCCAAGGCUCUGUUAGCAGAGCAACAUUAAUAUCUUAUAUUAUGACCUUAGUGGCAGCUUUUCUUUUUUAAGCUCUUCACAUUUCUCAAGGAAAAUGGAUGAAAUUAAACUAAUGUGAAUGGAGACUAUCACCAUGAUAUGUGAAGGAGGGAUGCGAACAAUGAAUGAAUCGUCUUUCUUUGAAACAUAAUAAAAAACAGCCUUUGUUCCAGUC